AUGGCGGCAGUCGAAGUAACGUACUCCCUCCCAAAGGACGUCAACGAGAAGCAGCUCCAGGUCCGGUCCGGCACGGAUAUCCGUCUCCGGAAAGAGAGCCGCGGAGCAGACGUGACGUGGAACGGCACCGAUCCCUUUCUCAAACAGCCGUACUACUACACGGGAGCACCAUGGACGCUUCUCGCCAGUGACUUGCUCCUGUUUCUCAAGAACAUUGCUUUUCUUCCGUGUAUUGUUCUGCCGCUUUGGUCGCAGCCCCCGGCUCGCUCCUUCAAUCUCGGAGUCGACAACCGAUUCAAAGAGCAGCCUCGAUUUCUUUUGAGCAAGCUUCACCGACGAUUUGAAGCAUGGGCUCAGCGCUACUUCCACUCCGGGCCCAUGGACGAGCUGUACCCUUCUUGGAGCAACAUUCGUGACAUUAGUUUCCACACGGUCCUUAUUAUCACCCAAUCAGCCUUCUUGCUCUCCUUGCCUUUCCUCUCCUUCUUCUCUUUCAACAUCUUUGUUGCCUAUGUAGGCCUUUUUGUCGGCAUCAACUAUUUGGCGUGCAUUGGGCUCAAUGGCUGGAUGCCCGAAGGAUUCAUCUGGUCUGCCGACACAGCUGCUGCGAGGCAGUGGGACAUUGACCACCCUGAGGAGGAGUGGAUAUUCCUCAAUGGCGUUGCCGUCGGCAAGAACUGGCUUCAGAGCAACAUUGACCGAAUCUCCGUCACGUUCCAUCGACGGGUCAAGGGUGUUCACAACAAGACUGCCGGAAUCAUCUUUGAUGUCAUCCAAUGCCUUCUCGAGCGCUGUCUCUACUUUGGCACCACCGAUACCAGAGUCUGCUUUUCGCACAUCUCUACUGCUCUUCUCAACCAAGACAAGAAGAAGGUUAUUCUCCUUCUCCACUCUCAGGGUGGACUGGAGGGUAGCAUCAUCUUGGACUGGCUCAUCAACCAGCAUCCCCGCGAAGUUUUGCAAAAGCUCGAGAUCUACACCUUUGGAAACGCCGCAAACCACUUCAACAACCCCCGCACCAAGAGGGAACACGGCAUUCCCAGACCCAAGGGCCGUGCCAUUCGCCACAUUGAGCAUUACGCCAACUCGAAAGACUUUGUUUCUCGAUGGGGUGUCCUCCACUUCAAGAAGCAGACCGCCAAGAGGGACGGGCGCUUCCUCGGUCUCGGUGAGAUUUCGGGUCUCCUUUCCAAAAAGACGGAAGUCAUCAAGGGCGUUGCCAAGACGGAACCGAAACAGGCGAACCACCUCAGCGCGGACUGGAACGAGUUCGAGGGAGCGCUUAUUGAACGCCCCGGCUCUGGCCAUCAGUUCAAUCAGCACUACCUUGACAACAUUUUCCCACUUGACAAUAAUCUCAGCAAGGUCCAAACAAACGGGGAUGGCUCUCCUCUCCCGGGAACCUUCAUGGCGUCUCACACAAAAGUUCGCAACGACCCUUGGAAGAUUGAUGAGCAGCGGAAUCUCACGAAUGGGGUUGACGGUACCGCCCAUCAUCAACUUAACGGACUCAGCGAAGGGCCCAAGGUGUAUGAGGUCAGCCGACUCUGGAAGUUUGUCAAUGGCCGACGGCCUGACGACUACGCUUGA